AUGGUCUCUGUUGUGGGCUACAUCUUCAUGAUCCCCUCAGAUUACUAUGCUGAGUUGUUUGGGGAUGCUCUCAUGCACCCUUACUUCAGCCGUCCGACGACGACGGGCGGAUCUAGACCGGUUUCGAUUGAAAACAAAACGAGGCGGAUUCUAGGACAGAUAUCGCUGCCAGACAAUCAUAUAUUGGCCAUCAACGUCUCUCGGCUCAGUCUAGCAGCCGCAGCUGAACAUGAUCUCACCUACUUGGUGCAGCUAGCUUUACCGGCAUUGCAAGCCACCCAUGUGUUGGACGAGAUCGUGGAAAAUGAAGUACACCCCGGAACAGCUUCAAAAGAGGCUGCCACGCCGUUUGUGGCUCCGGAUGGACGAGACAUUUUGCAGCAAUCCGUCUUGUGCUCGCCUCCAAAGUCCUUCGAAGCUCGGCCUCUAUUGGGGCAGUUCCUGGCCGACAGGUCGAAGCACCGGUCGUCGACCAACGUUCGCGCCGCGAACGGUUUGGGACUGUCCAAGUACGUCUUUGGUCGUGGUCUCAAUUUGCGACCCUGA